GCUGGAGAUCCAGCAGAUGAUGUUCGUCAGCGGCGAGACGAACGACCCUCCAGAAAGCACUACCAUGGUGAUUGAGACGAUUGUUAAGGACCAGGUGGUGGAGCUGAUAUUGCAAGCACAAAAGACGGCCAAUGCUAGAGGACAAAAGAGCAUUUUGCCCGAAGAUCUUAUUUUCCUGAUCAGACACGACAAGGCGAAGGUCAACCGCCUGCGGACGUAUCUUUCGUGGAAAGAUGUGCGGAAAAACGCCAAGGACCAAGAGUCCGGCGACCUAGGUGCCGGAAAUGAUCUGCUGGACAAUCCUGCGGGAGGGGCUGCUGGAGCACCCAAUGCAAGCGGAAUGGACAACAAAAUGCUUGCCAAACAGAAAAAGUCACAAAUUCGUCUUCCCUGGGAGCUGGAGUUUAUGUUCAACGAGCAGCCUCUGGAAUCCAACGACGACGGACAUGGCAACCAGAUCGACGAAGAGGAGCGUGAAGCCGUUCUUGCGCAAUUGAAACGGCUCAAGCAGAAUGAUGAGAGAACGAAGAACAUGACGCAGAAGGAAUAUGUGCAUUGGUCGGAGUGCAGGCAGGCGAGCUUCACUUUCCGUAAAGCCAAGCGGUUUAGAGAAUGGUGUGGGAUGGCUCAGCUCACUGAGAGUCGGCCCAAUGACGAUGUUAUUGAUAUUCUUGGGUUUUUGACGUUCGAGAUGGUAUGUUCCUUGACCGAAAAGGCUCUGGAGAUAAAAAAGAAUCGGAGGGAAGAAUUCAGGCAGGAGAAAGAGAAUAAGAAGCGCAGGUACCUGUUCGACGAGCCAAGCAACGAUACCAAACCUAUUAUGCCAGAGUAUAUCUACGAGGCAUGGAGACAGUUACAAACAGGACCCCAGGAGGGUCGGUGCCUAUACAAUUUCCGCGGCGGAAGAUUGAAGGAGAAAAUUAGACUUAUCUAACUGAAAAAAUAAUUAUAUAAUUAAC